CAAGUCUCUUUUCAUCUCUUCGUAUACAUACAGACAAAACAAAGAAGCGAAAAGCGAAUUCAACCCUUUGACGCUUCAGGGGCCAAUGCACAGAUGCAAGUACAUACAAGUACAGGGGGAGAAGGAAAUAAGCCCCAAAGGGCAAAAAACGAAAGCCCACAGCGUUGCCGUUUGCCGGGAACUUUUUAUUCCCGGUCUCAUCUUCUUGGCACAGACGUCAUAUAUGCCGUAAAGGGUCAUUCGGAAUCUCGCAAUGUACUUCCUGUUGAGCUUCGGCUUGCCGAAUCCUGCCGUUUCACCCCUUCUGGGCGGGGGGGGGAUGGCUUCAGUGUUGGCCGUUUCGGAUACCCUGGAGCGAAACAACGAGAAGAGCAAAAGGGUAAAACAGUCAUUGGCAGAGAAACAAUUGUCUUGGCGAUGAUAUUUCCCGUCGUGUUUCUAUAUCCGUUAAUUUAAUUGAGGCAAUUCACGAUUUCGAUGUCCUUGGCACAAGUCUUGGUUCAUUCUCUAUAUGCAAAAUCAUAUCUGCUUGCUAUCAUGCAUAAGACCAAAAUAUGGGAGAAGCAACCCGGUGUCUGUCUCCACACUUCUAGGCAUAGGUAUUCAAUUACAACUCUCCAAUAUAGUCCUCCAUCUCUUCUGCCAGCUCAU